GGCGGCCCAGUCGGGCGGUGGCAGAUGCGCCCAGCGGUGGCAGCCGCCGGCGGCGCGCAGGUGACCGGCCUGAGGCGCAGCCUGGCCAGGGGGCGCCCAGGGAGAGCUGGCGGGAAAGGAGAGGCCGAUCCGCCCCCAGCGUGCGCGCGUCUCGGCGCCAGGAGCCGUCCCGGGGUGUGUUGGCGAGCACUGAUAUAGAUAUAAGGACAUUUCUCUCCAUGGCGUCACGUGACAUAAUUACCACCAGAAUCAAUCAAGAUGAAUUGCACGUCAGCGCCCGGUGGGGAUUUUUGCUUAGUUGAUCCUGGCCCAAGCCUCUUGUGCAAUCGAUGGCUCAGGUUGGCGGCGCGGGGAGCGGCCCGGGGCUUGCCGGCGUGCACGCCGCGGAGCCAUGAACGACUUUGACGAGUGCGGCCCGAGCGCAGCCAGCAUGUACCUGCCCGGCUGCGCCUACUAUGUGGCCCCGUCGGACUUCGCUAGCAAGCCGUCAUUCCUCUCGCAACCGUCCUCCUGCCAGAUGACUUUUCCCUACUCCUCCAACCUGGCGCCGCACGUCCAGCCAGUGCGGGAAGUGGCCUUUCGCGACUACGGCCUGGAGCGCGCCAAGUGGCCGUACCGCGGCGGCGGCGGCGGCGGCGGCGCGGGGGGCGGCGGCGGCGGGGGCGGCCCUGGUGGGGGCGGCGGCGGCGCCGGGGGCUACGCUCCCUACUACGCGGCGGCCGCGGCGGCGGCGGCCGCGGCGGCGGCGGCCGAAGAAGCGGCCAUGCAGCGAGAGCUGCUCCCGCCCGCCGGCCGGCGGCCAGACGUGCUAUUCAAGGCGCCGGAGCCGGUGUGCGCCGCGCCGGGGCCGCCGCACGGCCCCGCGGGCGCCGCCUCCAACUUCUACAGCGCCGUGGGCCGCAAUGGCAUCCUGCCUCAGGGCUUCGAUCAGUUCUACGAGGCGGCGCCCGGGCCCCCGUUCGCCGGGCCGCAACCCCCGCCGCCGCCGCCCGCGCCACCGCAGCCCGAAGGCGCUGCUGACAAGGGCGACCCCAAGUCCGGGGCUGCUGCUGGCGGAGGGAGUCCCUGCGCCAAGGCGACUCCUGGUUCGGAGCCCAAGGGGGCAGCGGAAGGUGGCGGUGGCGAAGGCGAGGGUCCCCCGGGGGAGGCGGGGACCGAGAAGAGCAGCGGCACAGUGGCCCCCCAGAGGUCCAGGAAAAAACGUUGCCCCUACACCAAGUACCAGAUCCGCGAACUGGAACGUGAGUUUUUCUUUAACGUAUACAUAAACAAAGAGAAAAGACUUCAACUCUCUCGGAUGCUCAACCUCACUGAUCGGCAAGUCAAAAUCUGGUUCCAGAAUCGCAGGAUGAAAGAAAAGAAACUGAACAGAGACCGUCUUCAGUAUUUCACUGGAAACCCCUUAUUUUGAGAGCUUCAGGAAGCACCCCCUCCCCGAGCCCUAUCCACCCACCCUCCUUUCCGAAACCAGCCUGCCCUCCGCAGGCCCACUGUCCUUGGGUUUAAUGACGCCUCUUCUCUGUGGAACUUCUCGAUUCCUUUCCACGGUCAUCUCCGGACCUCCCAGCGACCACCACCGCAGCCUGAGGACGAGGCCGGGGACUUGGCCGAGCGGAUCCUAAUAAGGGGAAAAUGGUAAAUGCAAAUGUCCCUUUCCAAUUUUACCGCCAAUGUGCUGCUGUUCCUCCUUCCCCAGUCCUCCUGGGGAUGCGGUGGGAUCUGUAGGGUAGGCCAUAGGGACUAAAAGGCGCUGGUGUUUGGUCUGAGUUUAAGCGAUCACUUUUUCCCCAUCCUCUGAACGCAGAUUAUUUAAGCUCUGAGAAAUGUACCUUUGGUCUGUCAUAUCAAGGCAUGAGUCACUGUCUUUUUGUGUGUGAAUAAAUGGUUUCUAGUAAAUUGGAGGUUAUAGCUUCAAUCCACUGCAUGAAUUAUCCCAUGAAGAAGUUUAGUGUCGGAUUAGGAUAUCUUAGUGGCCAGAAUUCAGUGAUAAACCAGUGGAAUGCUUUUAAAUUUUACUAUAAUAGGUGUUUUUCUUUGCACCCCCUCUAGACUACACUGCUAAAACACACACACACACACACACGAUAUAUUUCUGCAUUGAUUGUGUGAUCCAGCCAGACUAGUGCUUAUUUCUUCAGGCAACGAGGCUGGAACAGCAGAAACUUGAGAAGCAAAUCCCCACAACUACCCCAGUCUACUAAAUUUGAAAUUUCUGGAAAGACAAAAUAAUUGUUGAAAUCUAGUUAGACAAUCCAAAUUAUCUCAAAGAAAUAAUGGCAAGCCAAGGUUCAUUAAGAGAAACCAAAAUCAAAGCCUUCCAGGGGGGAUAGUUUGCUAAAAUGAAGUUAGUGGAUGAAGAGGACUUGAGGUCCUUGCUAGUGUCAUAGGGGGUCUGGAGAAGAGAAUGUAAGCACAGCCCCCCCCCCCACUGGACUAAGGCCAGGGGCUGCAGACCCACUUCUCACCACAUUUACCCCUUUAAGUUAAAGAAUGUGGUGAGGGUCGCACUGCACUUUAUGUUGCAGAGCCAGGCCAGGCUGUUUACAAAACCUUGAACUGUCUAGACAACACCAUAAAAGCCAAAGUUCUAAACAGCUUAAUUGGGUUAUAUUAUACACCUUCUGGUGGGCCCAAAAGAGAUUUCCGCAAUGUGCAAUAAACUGGAGAAGUGAGAAAAGCUUCUCUUUCUCUGGAAAGGAUGGAGUGAAUCUUAUGACUCUUAACUUUUCAUAAGUCCAAAGUAAAAAUAUAAAUCUAUUAGAGGCACAGCAUCGCAAGCAUCUUUGAGAAAGUAUGCAUUUUGAACUGCAAACAUUUUUAAUUACUAAGACUUUUUGAGGGAAGGAAAAACAUAAGUGCAUAAGUGUAUGCCUUUGAACUUCCAAAAUGUCAAGGUCAUCACCUUUAACCUCUCUGAAUAAUUAGGCGCCUUAAGGUUCUUCUGUGAUUUUCAACAGCCACCCACUCUCAUAAUACAUGCUCACACAUCCAGACUCAUAGGAACAUUUAUGACCACACAGAAUCAUAUUGGGGGCUCACCAUAAAUCUAAGAAAAUUCCUAAUUUCAGGAUCAAUAACCUUAAUUUCCCUACAAACAUUUGAGUAGUUCAAUAGCAAUUACUUUUAAAAAGAAUAAUGGUUAAAUUAAAAUGCCUCUUAGCUUUUGCUACAACUAAGAUGUGCUGUAUAUUUGGGCGAGAUCUUAGGAAAUGGUCCCCUUUGCUGUCAUUUAAAAAUAUAGUUUUAAAAAUAAGGUGUUUGAAGGAGUACGUUUUGUUCAGACAUACACCUUUAUGAUAUUUAAAAGCAAUUUACCACCCAGCCAAAUAAAUUAUGGCACUCUGUAAGAUAUGCAACAAAAUAAAAUAUAUUUAUUUUUUAAAAGCUUCCCUC